UCUGCAGAGCCCUCUCUUCAGGCCAAGCAGCUGCAGCUGAAGCGCGCCCGGCUGGCAGACGACCUCAAUGACAAGAUCUCCCACCGGCCCGGACCAAUCGAGCUGGUGCACAAGAACAUUCUGUCUGUGCCCUACCCCGUGCACAACGCCCUACUGGAUUCCCCAAAAGGUGCUGGAGGAGAGAGCUCAUCCCUGGAUGAAGACAGCAGUGAUGCCCUGUCCCCAGACCAGCUGACCAAUCACGACUCUCCUCUGAGUGUCCUCCCUCAGAUGUCCCCCUCUGAGGGACUUAGCCCCAACGGAGACCUGUCCCCCACACAGUUUCUCACACAACCUCCACCACCGCCCCCUCCGCCCCCACCUCCUCUUCCCAUGAGCGGCUCCGAAUCCCCCCUGUCCAAAGUCACCAACGGGACCCCCGUCACCUCCCCGACCACCCGCCCCACUCAAAUCAAGCAGUCCCAGGCCAAGAGCAGCUCAGAUCGGCCUCCCCAGAGAUCCAAGAAGGCCAAAGACAACAAGCCUAAGGUAAAGAAGCUCAAAUACCAUCAGUACAUCCCUCCGGACCAGAAGGCGGACAAAGAGCGCCCCCCGCAGAUGGACUCCUCUUACGCCAAGCUGCUCCAACAACAGCAGCUCUUCCUCCAACUGCAGAUCCUGAACCAGCAGCAGCAGCACUACAACUACCACACCAUCCUGCCCGCCCCGCCCAAGCCUCCGAAUGAGCAGCCUCCAACUACGAGCUCCGGCCCCUCCCCUUCCCGCACCCUCACCACCACGACCACCGUUGCCUCCUCCAAUCAGAGCACAGCCGUGCGACCAUCUCAAACUACAACAACCGGAGCCAAACCCGGAGCUCUGCCUUUGAACCUGGACGAAUUCAAGGUGGCCGAGUUGAAAGCAGAACUGAAACUGCGUGGUUUGACCGUGUCAGGCACAAAAAAUGACCUCAUCGAGAGACUCCGCAACUACCAGGAGCAGAAUGGAGCAACAGGGGUGAAAAACGCACUGUCCGCCACCUCCCUCACCAGCCCCACACCCUCAUCCUCCUCCUGCGUCACCAGUCCCACCCUAGAACCACAGCAGCAGCCCGGGGAGGUGGGCAUCAAGAUCAGCCUGCCUUCUAUGGCCCACGUCCAGCCUCACCAGAUCAUGAGGUUCGGCAGUACCAGCUCCAGCCCCCCGGUGUCACCCUCACCCUCCGAGCGCUCGCUGGCCGGGAUGAGCCCAGACGAGACCAGCUGUAAUGGGGACAUGUUUGGUGAGAUGGUGAGCUCCCCUCUGACCCAGCUCAGCCUGCACCCAUCUCCCCAGCACCCCUCCACCCCCAUCUCCUCUCUGCCCCAGUCCCUCUGUGCUGUUAAGGAGGAGACCCGGACCCCCUGCAGCUUCCCCAAGCCUGAACCCACCACCACCACUGUCACCAUGGAAACCACCCCCAUGGACAAAGACCAGAUGCUGCAGGAGAAGGACAAGCAGAUCGAGGAGCUGACCCGGAUGCUGCGCCAGAAACAGCAGCUGGUGGAGACGCUUCGGUCCCAACUGGAGCAGGGCAAGACUGUGAAGACGGAGGACAUGGAGAGCAGGCCCGCGUGCGUACAGGUCAAACCACCGACUCUCAUCAAGGCCUCCGCUAUCCAACCGCCCACGCUGCCCAACGGUGUGGUGAUCAAACUCAAACGAGAAGAUUCCGAGGACAAGAUGGAGGAGGAUUCGCAAACCAAAAAAGUGACUCAACCAAUGCAGUGUUCGCAAGAGACACUACUAAGGCUACAACAAAUCCACCGACUGCAAGUUCAGCAAGCAGAGCAUCACAAGCAACAACCUACACAAGUCCAGAAGGCGACGGAGGUGAAGGCCACGCCCACCCCGAAAGUGCCGCAGCUAAAGAAGGACGCGCAACUGCUGCUACGGCAACAGCAGCAAAUCCAGCAGUUAAUCAUCCAGCAGACGCAGCAGAAGCAGAUGCAGGCUAAUAAGCUACUCACGCAGAGUCCAGUCAAGCAGGUCCAAGGUGCGCUCCAGACCCAAAAGAACCAAGUCAAGCAAGUCCAAGUGCACAUCCAGAAUCAGCACGUCACGGCCAAUCACAGCGCGGUCAACCAGAGCGCGGCCAAUCACAGGGCGGCGUCCAACCAACACAAAAGGCAGCACAAGGUCCAGCAGAGGCAGCAGCAGAAGCAGCCCGUGGCGCCAGUCACCACACAACAGGUGACGUCAGUGGUCAUAAACCAGCAGAACGGCACCCAGAUCCACACUCAGGCCAUUUCUUUAGACCUCCUUAAAACCAACGGAGCACCCACGCUGGUCACCGAUAGCAACGGCAACCAUUACCUGAUCGCCCUCACCAGUAACCCGAGCGAGAGCCAGAAUGGCGUCUCGUCAUUGGCCAAAACAAACGGGCGAAUCACACUCCAGAGGUUGCAGUCCACUCCAACGAAGCUCCCCAGCACUAACACUGAAAGCCAAUCAAAAGAGCAGCCACCAGCGGAGCCAGUGAGCCAGCCAGUGAAAAAGGCGCAGAAACCAGGACUACACUUAGACGUGAACGGUGCUCCCCAGCCCAACCACUCCGUCACUGCGCCUCCCACCAUGCAACCCUUCUUCGACGACCUCUCCGACAGUGAGAGCCACAACAACAUCAUGUCUUCUCUCAAGGAGAAUGGUGUGAACAGCCAGCAGAUGGAUGACCUGUUUGACAUCCUACUAAAAAGUGGAGAAAUCCCCGGCUUCAAGUCCAACCCAGACCCCUCUCUGGCCCCCCUGCACUCGGACCCGCCCUCCCCCACCUCUCCCCCUUCCCCACUGCAUCUGUCGCCCCCCACCCCCACAGAGCCCAUCAUGUGCCCCCCGCGGCCCGACCGGGACCCCUGCAGCGGGACGGGCCGGCUGGAGGACUUCCUGGAGAGCACCACAGGAGCGCCUCUGAUCGGGGUGGAGCCGGAUGGAGGGCUGACACUCAUAGACGACCUCCACAGCCAAAUGCUCAGCACCCCCAGCAUCCUGGAGCACCCGCCCUCCCCCAUGGACACCUCCGACCUGGGCUUCUCCCCACACUCUACGGGCCUGGACUUCGGGGACGCGGCUUUGGACAGCAUGGACUGGUUGGACAUCUCCAUGGUGAGCGGAGGGGGCGGGGUGAGCAGUAGCGGUGGCGUUGGGGAGCGGGAGGGGGGUACGGGAGCCCCCCUGGUGUCUCCCCACACGCCCCAGAGUGUCUUCUCUGCUGAUUUCCUGGACAGUACGGACCUGCAGCUGCACUGGGAGUCGUGUUUGUAGCCACGGGACUGGGACACUGGUUCACAUGUACAGGCUGUGUUUUACAUGCACAUACACAUAUGCUGUACCACUGCGGGAGGGGGGAGGGGCCAUAUGCAAACACGCACACACCGCCCCACGCCCGCCCCACGCCCGCCUCACUGUUAUUGAUGCGGGGCCGUCACAGGACAGAAGAGCUCCCUGAGCUGGAGGUUUGAGUUUAAAGAAAAGCCAAAGCAGUCCCCUAUGUGACGGCCCCGUGGACUCCGGGCAGCUGUGGGCCACACGCUGAAUGUCCUACACCUGAGCUCACCACAUCUGUGUCAGUGCCUCUUGAAUUUUGCACUUAUGAAACGCAUUGAUUUUAAGGGGAGGGGGGGUCCCAUGAGCGCCACCUUGUGUUGAAUUGAUCAGCAGAGCCCUGUAUAAAAGGCAGCUGGCCUCACCAUGGCGACACAAGCCCCGCCCGCACUAGUCAAAGAAGCCAACCUUCAUUGGUUGGCGGUUGCUGUUGAAGCAUCGGUGACAACAGUUUGAAUAGAGCCUCAUUGAGGUGCAUAUUAUUGGUAACAUUAUGGUAGACCACUAUGUAUUGCUGUAUAUGGGGUGUAUAUUAUCAAUUGUCCAUAUGAAUAUUUUUCUCUGCUGGCUGCUUAGAGUCAAGUGGAGCCAGCUGGGACGUAAGGUCAGGGCCGGGCCUCCAAGACACUUGGACCUUGUCUUUUUAUAAAGAAAAAAGUUGAAAAAAAUAAAUAUAUGAAAAAUCAA